GUAAUUGUAUCAUGUAUAUUGAUAUUGUUUUCAGGGUUCACAGUGAAGGGUUCAUCAGGUCCUCUGGUUGUUCCUCUGGGAGGUUCAGUUCUUCUGCCCUGUUCUGUUGAUUCACUCUUAUCACUGAAGGAUCUGGAGGUGCAAUGGAGAAGAUCAGACUCACAGACUCUCAUUUCUCUGUAUCAAGAUGGAGAUAUUGAGAGUUAUAAUGAUAGAGCUCACUCCAUCACUGAUAACUUGGAACCGGGAAAUUUCUCUCUCCUGUUGAAGAAUGUGACAGCUGAAGAUGAAGGUCAAUACACAUGUACAGUUCACAGUGGACAAGAGUCUGGUGAAACUGUUGUGGAGAUUAAAGUUGAGCGUUUAAUCGUGUCAGGAUCAGAUGAUUUGAUUUCGGUGUAUGUUGGUGAGGAUGUGACUCUGAACUGCUCUGUGGACUCUCACAUCCCACCUGAAGAGGUUUCAUGGAAGAAAAAAGAUAAAGAUGAACACAUCAAAGUUCUCCUCUAUCAAAACAACGAGGUUUAUCCAGAAGCAUCAGAUGAGCAAUACACAGACAGAGUUGAGUUCUUCAGUGAUGAAAUCCACAGAGGAAACUUCUCUCUCAGACUGAAGAGAGUCAGAACUGAAGAUAAAGGACUUUACAUGUGUCAAGUGUUUGCUGGACGGUUCUCAGACAACACAAGUGUAACACUGCAACAACUGGGUUUCUCUUCUUCACACAAAAUGGUGUUGAUUCUGUGUAUUUCUGCAUGUGGAUCUGCUCUUCUGUUCUGUUCUCUCAUCUACUGCAGAUCAACGGACCGGGGUCAAUUAUUCCACUUAUACCUCAGUUAG